CCAUCCUAGAAGUUGGACGACAUUUCGUCGGAAGAUAGCAAUGAUACCAUCCCCACCAUUUGACUUUUCCUCUUUGUGACUAAUUUAUCCAUUUGACUUAAGCAGAAUUCCAGGAAACAUCGUAGAAGCUGCUUGAUCUAUGAUUGCUCGCCGUGUCCGGUCAGCCAUAAGGCAUACUCGGGUUCGUUAUAAAGCCCCCUAAUGGUAACAUAUUGAUCUCGCAAUCUGGUGGAUCUGAUCCUGACCAAAACCCCUUUUUAGUAUGCCGCGCGCAACUUCCCAUUCUCUUUUGUUGCGUGCUCGCUUGUUCUUGUUCUGCCUUGUCAGCUGUCCUUUGAUCCCCUCCGUUGCUCCUCUGUCCUUCAGCAUAGGUAGCUUCGACACCGAUUUGAGGGACAUACUGUACGAGGGUGUCGCGACGCUGGCAUAUGGAUAUGUCGAUCUCACCACGGGCACUGCUCCGCCGCACUUCACGGUGGGCCGGAUCCAGUAUUCCAAGCCCGUCCGCAUAGGGGAUCCUCUCACGGGGCGGCAAGCAGACUUCUCGACCCAUUUCUCGUUCACCAUCGAGACUGACGGCUCUGCUCAGUACAGCGACGGCAUCACAUUUUUCCUCGCUCCUGCGGGGAUCUCGAUCCCACCCAACUCAGCCGGCGGAUUCCUGGGAUUGUUCAACGCGAGCACAGCUAAUGAAGGGCCUCGGAACCAGAUUGUCAUGGUCGAGUUCGACACUUAUGUGAACCCAGAGUUCGAUCCCCCGGUGCACCACAUAGGAAUUAAUACGAACCGGCCCUCCUCACUCGUUUAUGCCGGCUGGGAUCCUGGAUUGCACAGCGGGAAAGCAACCGAUGUUCUCGUGACAUACAACUCCACGAGCAAGAACCUUAGCGUGGUCUGGUCGUUCGACGACAUACCGGUUUUCCAGGGUGAGAGCUAUUCCUCGCUUUCUUGCCAAGUCGAUCUUGCGAGUGUCCUUCCCGAAACAGUUGUGAUCGGGUUUUCAGCUUCUUUUGGCUUCUUUGCGGAGAGACACAGCAUCAAUUCAUGGGAGUUCACAUCGAAUCUGGACACAGAUAUGCCCCCGUCGAUGGAUAGAUUGCCACCAAAGGGGGUGAAAUCCAAGCCUCACCGGUUAACGAUGCUGGUCACGGUUCCCGUGGCAUGUCUUUUGCUGGUGAUCUCUGCAUGGUCUUGCUUUGUCGCCGUCAAGAGGCGCGAAAGGUAUGGUUUCCAUGCCCUCACUGACAUCGACAAAGAGAUGGGCGCUUUGCCUACGAAGUUCACUUAUCAGGAGUUGCUCACGGCAACCAAGGGCUUCGCAGACGAUCAAAAGCUCGGUGAAGGCGCGUCUUGCCAAGUCUAUAAAGGGUUCUUGAACCACUCAGGCCGCCAGGUCGCCGUCAAAAGGAUCUUUGCAGAGUCCCAACACUCUGAGAAGCUCUUUGUCAAUGAGUUGAAGAUCAUCAGCCGUACAAUAUACAAAAACCUGGUGCCGUUCGUCGGGUGGUGUCAAGAGAGAGGCAAGUUCUUGCUCGUCUACGAGUACAUGCCCAACGGCAGCCUCGACCAACACCUCUUUGGGGCCCGGAGAAGCCUGCCGUGGGAUGUGCGGUAUAGAGUGGCUCUUGGCCUUGCGUCCGCCCUCAACUACCUUCACGAGGGGCUCGAGCAAUGCGUGCUCCACCGGGACAUAAAGGCAGCCAACGUGCUGCUCGACACCAACUACACAACCAAGCUCGGCGACUUCGGAGUGGCCAAGCUCGUUGACCCCCGCUUCAGGUCUCAGAUGACAGACGUGGUUGGGACUUGCGGGUACCUGGCGCCAGAGUACUUCACCAGUGGGAAGGCCACGAAGGAGUCCGACAUGUUCAGUUUCGGCAUCGUAGCCCUGGAGAUUGCAUGUGGCCGGAGGAGCUACGAGGAUAGAGUGGGCCGGGUUGUGUUGCACAAGUGGGUCUGGGAACUCUACCUUGCCGGAAAUAUCCUCAGCGCAGUCGACGAGGCCUUGGGCUCAAGGUUCCAGAGAGAGGAGAUGGAGUCCCUGAUGAGGGUGGGGCUGUGGUGCGUGCACCCAGACCCUACGAGAAGGCCAAGGGCGGGGCAAGUGAUCAGGUUCCUCCAGCUCGAGGACUCAGUCCCCGAGCUGCCACACGACGCAUUCGACGGCCCAGUUUCAUACCGGCCAUCAGCUUCACAAUUAGGAAUACUGGAAUCUCCAUCUCCUCCUCCUCCUCAAGAAUCUGUCAAUUGAGCAAGACAAUUCCUGGCUCCUAAACCUGCACAUUCUGCUACAUCAACCAUAUUUUGUUUACAAUCUAUUUUGCCUUUGCCCAAUUGUUGGCUUUAAGUUGAGCACACCACGGGACUUGGUA